AUGCAUUUCCCUGUGUCGCUUAUUGAUAUAUUUGAGACGGAAAACGAGAGAAAAAUGAAUAUCAGAGAUGCAAUAGUAGCGUCAAAAUAUGGUAAAACAGUAGAGCUGAAAAGAGACAAGUUAAAAAUAUCACAUUCUACAGUAGAAAAGUUAUUUGAACACUCAAUACAGCAAAUAGUCAAACAAGUACAGAAAUUGAUGACAGAUGAAAGAAUGGCAGACGUCAAAGCCAUACUCAUGGUUGGUGGAUACUCGGAGUCUUCUUUAUUGCAACGUGCAAUCAAAUCAGCAUUUCCCGGAAUCCAUGAAGUGAUUCCACAAGAGGCGUCAUCUGCUGUGUUGAGGGGAGCCUUGAUUUUUGGCCACAAUCCUAUGGCAUUAACCGAGAGGGUACUUAAAUAUACAUAUGGUGUAGAAACGACCCUGCCAUUUGUGAAUAGAGUAUAUCCACAGAGCAAACGCAAGAAGGCCGAUAUAGGUGACCGUUGUGUCAACAUUUUUCACAAACUGAUUAAAAAGGAGUUAAGCGUGACGCCAGGUGAAACCCAAGUUGAAAGAUAUUAUUCCACGUGUAACAAGAAGCAAAAUUGUAUGCCUUUAGCUAUUUUCAUUUCUGAAGAAAAAAAUCCUACAUACGUAGAUGGCAAAGGAUGUGCCAAAAUCGGAACAAUGUUUAUCAAAUUUGAAGAACCAGACGAUUUGCCUGGACGUAGAGUUAAACUAACGAUGUUACUUGGUGGCUCAGAAAUCAUUGUAGAAUUAGAGGAUGAAAAGUCGGGAAAUAAGGUAAUAAAUACAGCGGAGUUUUGGGGCUGA